CUAAACCCUAUAUCAUUUCCAAUCGUCUCUCCUUCUCAGAAGUCUCCGAUAGUCGCUCGCGCUCGGCUCUCCCUCACCAUUGCGUUGUUGCCGGCUUCUAUACUUUUGUUGUCUACAACUUUAUCCUCAGCCUAAACUCAAAAUUUAGGGUUUUUUCUUCGCCAAAUUGAAACUCGCUCUGGAGCUCCCACCCGGCCAUUUUUAAGGUAAGAAACUUACCUUCUAAUCCUUCUUUCUUCAUCAGUUUUAGGGCUUUAACUUGUACUUCCAAGCGUUCUAGUUAAUGACUAAUUCAAGAUUUAUCUUCAUCUGAAUUGAAAUGUUCAUAGUUUCUUUCCGUUCUGUCUAAUUUCAGACACAAUCGAUGUUCAAUAGCAAAAAGAUAUUAUUUGCCUGUAGUCAAGCUAUUGGGAACUGUUCUUUACGAAAUUUCAAUUCUGUUUCUUUUUCUUCUUUACAAUUUGAAACGGGUAAUCACUAUUCUGUUCUUCAGUCCAGUAGUUUUCAACAUUGGUUCAAAAAUUGGCAAGAGCUUCGAAAGCAUAAGUUAACAGCAAGUACUUUUGCUGGGGCAAUUGGGUUUUGGCCUCGUCGAAGGACUCAACUAUGGUUGGAGAAACUUGGGGCAAUUGAUCAAUUUUGUGGUAAUCUUGCUACUUGUUGGAGUAAUAUGAAAGAAGAAGAAGCACUCGAAAGAUACAAGCUUAUUACUGGAAACUCUGUUUUGUUUCCUGAAUUUCAAGUCUAUGGUAAAGCAAACUCGGAAGAUGAUUGGUUGGCUGCUUCACCUGAUGGUGCAAUUGAUAAAAUGGUUUAUGGAUUGCCUUCACGAGGUGUGUUGGAGAUUAAGUGCCCAUUUUUUAACGGUGAUUUGAGAAAUGCUUUACCAUGGUCACGAGUUCCUCGUUACUGUAUUCCUCAGGCUCAAGGUUUGAUGGAAAUAAUGGAUAGGGAUUGGAUGGACUUUUAUGUUUGGACUCCUAACGGUAGUAGUUUGUUUAGAUUGUAUCGAGAUCCCGAAUAUUGGGAUGUCUUGAAGAUUGCUUUGUCGGAUUUUUGGUGGAAGCAUGUUCAACCUGCAAGGGAGAUGUGUAGUAAAUAUGUCAUUACAAAUCCCCUCGUUGAGCUUAAGUCUCUUAGGCCGUCACCCAGGCAUGAACUGUGUAGUUAUAUAGUUUGUGAGAGCAAACGGGUUGUCAAUAAUUCUAAGUUGCUCUUGCGUGAAUUUGAUGGGAGACUUCAAACCUAAUUCAUUGCAAUCAAUGGCUAAGCUUACAGUAAGGAAUCUCAAACUCGAGCUUGAAGGGAGUUCUUGUUAACUCGAAAAUUGCGGAAUCUAACAAUGAUGUGAAUGUUGUCAAACCAAGCACAUCUCAAGUUUGACUACUACCCUUUUGCAUCCAUUGUUGACCCCCAGCCACGUGCUAGGGAAGUCCAUCAUUGCUUAGAGACAUAUUGAACAUGCCGUGACACAUAUAUCAGUCCCAAUUCUAACUUCAUUGGUGUGUAAGGAUAUGGUAGCAGCAUGAAAUGCAAAGGGCCAUGGGGGAAGGUAAGCCUUUGGACUUCUGUUUGAAGGCUAUUGAUAAUAGAAAAAUCUGAACACUCAUCCGUUUUCUUAUUGAAAACACACAAACUAAGACUAAACUAAAGGAGACUCUGAGUUCAGAUCAGAACUUAGACCUAUGCAUCUUAGAAAUAAUUGUAAUUGUCUUUUGUUCUUGGGCAAUGAUAUUGAAUUAAAGGAGGAGGUUACAUGAUUCUUUAUCACAAUUAAUAUCUCUAUCAAUUCUUCUUCUCUA